AUGCCGAAUGACACAGUGUGGAAAAAUAAUCAGAGUCUUGAGAGGCAUAUAAGAAUUCACACUGGAGAGAAGACUUACACCUGCCAACACUGUGGGAAAAGUUUUGCUCGACAUGGAAACCUUAAAGCCCACGUGAAAAUUCACACUGGUGAGAGCUCUUUUACCUGCCAAGAGUGUGGAAAAAAGUUUCAAUCAAAAAGCAGAGUCCUUAAACAGCCACAUGAGAAUUCACACUGGAGAGAAAAGCCUUACACAUGCUCUCAAUGUGGAAAAAAUUUCAGUCAACAUGGAAACCUUAAAGCCCACAUAAAAAUUCACACUGGGGAGAGCCCUUUUAUCUGCCAACAGUGUGGACAAAGUUUCAAGCAUAAAGUAAGCCUUAUAAAGCACAUGAGAAUUCACACAGGGGAAAAGCCUUACACAUGUCAGCAGUGUGGUGAAGUUUUGCCAGCAUGUAAACUUAAGGUCCACAUGAGAGUUCACACUGAAGAGAACCCUUACACAUGCCUUCAGUGUGGUGAGAGUUUUGCUCAACUUGGAAACCUUAAAGUCCAUAUGAGAGUCCACAAUGGAGAGAAGCCUUACACAUGCCAGCAGUGUGGUGAAACUUUUGCACAACGUGUAAACCUUAAAGCCCACAUGAAAUUACACAAUGGAGAGAGUCCCUUCACCUGCCAACAAUGUGGAAAAAGUUUAGCUCAUAAAGGAAGCUUUAACGUCCACAUGAGAAUUCACACUGGGGAGAAGCCUUACACCUGCCAACAGUGUGGAAAGAGUUUCACUCAAAAAGGAAGCCUUAACGGCAAAUGA